AUGAUUCCCCGGAGGGGAGAUUCAGAGGUCGCGGUAGAAAUCACAGUAGUCGAAGUUGGAGCUCGUACUCGAGGUCGUCUUCAUCAGGAUCGGAUUCCUCCUCAAGCUCCUCAAGGCGCCACAGGGGACAACGCCGUAAAUCCAGCCGCAAAAUUUCUAGAAGUCUCAGCACUUCAUCUUCUUCACGUUCUUAUCACCAACGAGAGAGCCUUGAAGUACGGCGUACUCGACAUUCCAGCCGUCAUGCCUCGUCUACAUCAUCAUCUUCGUAUUCUUCUUCCUCACGUUCAGCUUCGAGAAGUAUUAAGAGGAGGCGCACUCGAUCUGGAUCAUCGACAAGGAAGGGAGAAAGGGAGAGAGGAACUCGAAAGCAGCGCACACCAUCGCCAAAAAGACCGCGAAGAAAGUAAAGAAUCACAAAUGAGCGAUGCUUGUGGUGUAUCUUUGUGUGAAGAUAGCACUGGCUCAUUUUUUUUACUCAUUACACGUCUUCAUCGAUAG